AUGCAUUUAGCUUCACUCAUCUUUGGGUUCCUCACGGCAGGCGCUCUCGCGGGAACACCAGCCAAUUGCUGCGCAGGAAACGCCGAGGCGCAGGUCAACUACAACUCAGGCCACACCUCGUCCUGCUGCAACGGUCGAGGCUCGAUCACCAAUGGGGAAUGCGACGCAACCGACUUCGGUGGUUUCACUAGCUGCUGCAACGGCCUGGGAGACAAAGUGUGCACAUUCUAG